UUUCGCUCAAAAUGAUACAACAUGUUGAUCACCUUUCUUGUUACGCGUUGAUGCAUUCAUAACGACUGUACUAUCUAUUCUUGCAUGGCGCUCUUGGUAGGGCUUUACCUUGCACCCUUCCGGGUUUCGUAAUUAUAUACAAACUUAACACAGACUUUGUUGGGAAAGAUGGUUGGCUUUAUUCACCGACUGCUAGCGUCCGAUUGCGACAUCGAAGUAGAAGAACACGUUUUUAACCCAUACUACUUCGUGAUAUGCAUUAUACUGGUAAUAGUAUCAGGGAUAUGCUCUGGUCUUACUCUUGGACUGCUUUCGCUGGACGUCGUUGACUUGGAGGUGUUAAAGAGAAGUGGGAAGCCUCGCGAGCAGCAGUAUGCGGAGAAAAUUAUGCCCGUCAUCCGCAAUACGCACCACCUCCUCUGUACGUUGCUGCUCUGCAACGCCGCUGCUAUGGAGGCUCUCCCCAUCUUCCUGGAUAAGCUGGUUGACCCCGUCACUGCCAUUCUGGUGUCGGUCACCGCGGUGCUGUUCUUCGGGGAGAUCAUACCGCAAGCCGUGUGUUCCCGGUUCGGCCUGGCCGUUGGCGCCAACCUGGCCUGGCUGGUGCGGGGCAUGAUGGUGCUCACAUUCCCGCUGGCAUACCCGAUAGGCAAGCUGCUGGACUACCUGCUAGGGGCGGAGCACCACACGCUGUUCAGGAGGACGCAGCUCAAGGCCCUGGUGGACCUGCACGGGGCGGACACGGGGCUGGGCGGCAAGCUGUCCAAGGACGAGAUAAACGUCAUCACGGGUGCUCUGGACCUGACCCACAAGAUCGCCUUCCGCUCCAUGACGCCGCUGGACAAGGUGUUCAUGCUGUCGUUGGAGGAGACGCUAAACGACGCGGUUGUGGAGGCGGUGCUGGAGAGCGGUCACAGCCGCAUCCCGGUGCACCGCGGCACCGACCGACACGACAUCGUGGGCCUGGUGCUGGUGAAGGAGCUGCUGAGCACCGUGCGCAAGGGGGGGCAGGACGUGCCGGUGUCCUCCCUCAAGAUGCGGCAGAUACCCAGGGUUAGUGCCGCCACUGCCAUGUACGACAUGUUGAAGCUCUUUUCCAUCGGUCGUACCCACAUGGUGGUGCUGGUGCAGCCGGACGAGGAGCAGCUGGAGGAGAUACUGGACGAGGUGGCGCCGGACAGGAGCUCCUCCUCCUCAAGCAGCAGCAGCAGCAGCUCCCCCAGCCCCAGCCCCAGCCGCCGUACCAGCCUGGACGAGCGGCAGCGCCUGGUGGGGUCCGACCCGCUGUCCUCGGAUGCGGUAGGGACGGCAGGAGCGGAGGGCGGCAGCGGCAGCGGAGGGCCACUGGAGGGGGGCCUACCGGGGGGAGCAGGGGGGGCGGGUGUGUCGGCAGCUGCGGCUGCUGCUGCCUCCGCUAUGGAGCUCGGGCAGGCCCCCCGCGUGUCCCGCCAGACCUCCCUGGAGCGCCCCCCCGCCGGCGGCAGCCCCGAGGGCCCAAGCUCCCCCCGGCAGCCCCGCUUCAGCCUCCACACCGUCAAGUCCUUUGUGCUGGGAGCCCACCACAACCACCACCACAGCCAGCACGGGGAGCGGGACAAGGAGCGUGAGGGCAGCCACCGCGGCAGCAGCAGCCUGAGGCGCGGCAGCAGGAGCCGCCGCAGCAGUCAUGACGGCAGCACCUCCAGUAGCAGCAGUAGCAGCAGCAGCAGCUCGGGUGACCCGCACUCGCACCUGCGGACGGGGUCGAAUGCGCUGUCGGACAAUGCGCCGCUGAUUGAGGCGAUUGAGGCGCUGGAGGACCAACUUGAGGACAACCGGGUGCUGCCCGGUCAGCCCAUCGGCAUCAUCACCAUCGAGGACGUCAUCGAGGAACUGUUGCGCUUCGAGAUCAUGGACGAAACCGACCAGUACAUGGACAACGAGAAGUCCAAGCCCGCCAUGGACGCCAAGCAGGAGAUGAGUCAAGCGCUGCCGCAGCGGCUGCAGGACCUGUUGGGGCUCUUCAGCGGGCGGGACGUCUCCAACAGCCUCGCGCGCAUCAGCAGCCUGCGCCGUCGUUCCAAGGAUUUCCCCUGGGCUUCUCCGUUCGGCAUGGCGCCAGCGACCUCGGCAGGACUCAGUGCGAUACCGCUGCAGGCGACAGCAGCGGGAGCGGCGGCGGCGGGAGCAGCAUGCCUGGGUGGCGGCGGUUUUGGUGUGGGUGGCGGCCUUAGGCUGGUUCGUUCCGGGAGUUUCGGAGCGGUGCAGCACUCGGCGUUGAACGUUGCGGGCGUUACGUCGUCGCCGGGCGUUACGUCGUCGACUGCUCCGGUGAUUGCGAUGGUGAGCAUGCCCCCCUCGCAUGCUGCCGGAACAGCGGCAGCACCAGGCACUGCGACAACCGGCGGGGGGACUGUGGCGUUCAAGCGGCCAGCCUUCCUGCAGGCGAUCCUCGGGGCGGCUGUGUUGCCCCCGCCCUCGCCUGUAACUGCCAACGGCAGCGCAGCUGGGCCCGCCGCCUCCGCUGCGGGUGGUGGUGCAGCUGCUGCUUCAGGAGCAGCAGCGGCCCCCCGCUUCCGUCGCUCGGCAUCAGGAAGCCUGGUGCCCCCCGCACCAGUAGCCGGCGGCGGCGCGACGGCCGCUGCCGCAUCCCUCAGCGUAGCGAAUGGCGGCAAGGGUAGCACCAGUGCCGCAGUAGGCAACGGCGUGGGUACGGCAAGCGGCAGUCCCAGAAGCGGCCAUGGCGGCGGGGGCGGUUGGUUCUUCGGUAGCUCGCCGCCGGGCGCAGGCGCGGAGGGAGGGCUGCUCAGUCGGCGCGGUUACACCAGUUUACUGCAGGG